GCGGUAAUGCAGCUGUAAACCCUCUAAAAUCAAAGCAGAAGAAGAAUCGCGAACUAGAGGAACUCGAACAGUGCUUUCCCCCAUCAUGUUAUUUAUCACCAUGUCGGCGUAGAAGGAAAACAAAACUCAGAACAAUCAUUCUGUUCCGACACGGAGUCUUUAAAAUGGCAAGCGAGGAGGAGAGGGGGGUGGUUCGUGUCAAAGUCAAGAAAUGUGAUGGGGUGCUUCCUGUGGAGUUUCGCUCCUUUGCUGUUGAUCCCCAGAUAACAUCACUGGAGGUUCUGCAGCACAUACUUAUCAAAGCCUUUGAUUUGAACGGGAAGCGGAAUUUUGGGAUCAGUUACCUGUCUCGGGAUCGGAGUGGUGCUGAAAUAUAUUUGUCUCUGAUGUCUGACUGGGAUUUGGAUGUUGCAUUUGUCAGUGCAGCCAAACCAUAUCUACAGCUCAAGAUGGACAUAAAACCUUCAGAAGACAGUCCUGUUAUGGAGGACUGGGACAUCAUAAGCCCCAAAGAUGUGAUUGGCUCUGAGCAGCUCCUUGCAGAGAGGACUAGGUCUUUGGCAUCUGCAGCUCUUCCCUUCACCCAGUCUCUACUGUCCCAGGUGGGCCGGACCUUGUCUAGAGUCCAGCAAGCCUUCAGCUGGUCUUAUGGGGAGGAGAUCAAGCCUUUCAAGCCUCCUCUGAGCGACGCUGAGUUUCACAGUUACCUCAAUGGACAGGGCCAGUUAACACGACCUGAGGAACUCAGACUGCGAAUCUACCAUGGUGGUGUGGAGCCUUCACUGCGCAAGGUUGUUUGGCGGUACCUCUUGAAUGUCUACCCUGAUGGACUGAGUGGCCAGGAAAGAAUGGACUACAUGAAGAGGAAGACGAGGGAGUAUGACCAGUUGAAGAGAGAGUGGACAGCUCGGGUCAGUAACGACGACCUUGAAUUUAUCCGUGGGAAUGUUCUCAAAGACGUCCUGAGGACGGACCGGGCUCAUCCAUACUAUGCAGGCUCAGAAGACAGUCCACAUUUGACUGCCCUUACAGACCUGCUCACCACAUUUGCCAUCACACAUCCACAGAUAUCAUACUGUCAAGGCAUGAGUGAUAUUGCCUCCCCUAUACUUGCAGUAAUGGACAAUGAGGCACAUGCCUUCAUUUGCUUUUGUGGUAUCAUGAAACGUUUGGAGGGGAACUUCCGGCCAGAUGGGCAACUCAUGUCUGUUAAGUUUCAGCAUCUAAAGCUGCUUCUGCAGUACUCUGAUCCUGAAUUCUACUCUUACCUGGUGUCCAGAGGAGCUGACGACCUUUUCUUCUGUUACCGCUGGCUGCUUCUGGAGCUCAAGCGAGAAUUUGCGUUUGACGAUGCUUUGAGGAUGCUUGAGGUCACCUGGAGCUCCCUACCCCCGGAUCCUCCUGAAACAGAAGUGGAGCUUCUUGGACCACCACUGGAGACCGAUGAAACAAUGACCUACAGAGACAAAGACAAGACACUUGAGAACUGCUUCAAAGAUGAUAAGGAACAAAAGGAGAAGCAACGUAGGCGACAUAUGCUGAGGCCGUCAAGAGAAGAACCAGAUGUGAGCAGGAAUGCCGUCGUAGAAGAAAAAGACAGGCAAAAUCCAGGUGCUGGAAAGGGAAGUCAGGGCUGUGAUUGUGAUAUUCAUAAAGUGAGCAUGGAAAAGGCAGAUUUGCAGACUCCUCCUUUUGAGAGGCAAACUAGUUUUGGAGAGUUUAAAUACUAUACUGCCCGAAAUGAAGAUAGUUUGGAUAUGGAAGCUGCUGAGCAACCAAAGGGUUUGGUGGCUUCAAAGUCAGUACCAAGCAUCCCAAAGCGCCAGUCCACAGUUGACAGUGAGGAGGACCCAGGAGAGAGAACACCUCUCAUAAAAAACUGUGACAACAGUUUCUCUCUAAUAUCAUCACCUCCCCUCUUUCCUAGUCGCCUACCAAUCUGGAAAAGUGGCUCCUCUGUCUCUCCCACAUCUUCAGCUUCACCCUCCAGCUGGCCAGGAGCUUCUCCAGACUCUCCUUCAAAAUCCACAUCCCCAUCCACAACCAAUGGAAGAGAGGCCUUACCAAUAACUGUCCCAAAAGUAUUGACUUCUUCUGCCCAAGUGCUCAGCAGUACAGGGAUCAACUCACCCACAACUCCCACUGUAAAAUCAUCAGUUGUGUCUCCCUCCCACACUCAAAAUCAAUCCCUACACUCUUCACCUAUUUUGUCCUUUGGACGAGGCACCUUGCUGUCUGGCAGCAGGUCUUCCUCCAACAAUCUCCCUUCACCUGGCAACAAAUCCCCCAGCACCACAGCUAUUAUGGCCAGUACUUUGAAAGCUGAGACCACCAGCAUCAAACCGUGUUCCCUACCGCCGCCUCAAGAGUUCGGCAAAGGCAAUCCUUUCAUGCUGUUUCUGUGCCUGUCCAUCCUGCUGGAGCACCGAGACCACAUCAUCAAGAACAGCUUGGAUUACAAUGAGCUAGCCAUGCACUUUGAUCGCCUUGUGCGGCGUCACAACCUGAGCAGGGUGCUGCAGCGAGCAAAGGCCUUAUUUGCAGACUACUUGCAGAGUGAAGUGUGGGACUCAGAAGAAGGGGAUGAGGUUAGCUCGGACUCCCCGACAACAGUUACAGCUGCUCAACACUCACCUUCUUCAGCCAUCUCCGCCAGGCCUGUUUAUAGCCCUUUAGCAUCGCCUCAGUCAUCAUCUCUGAACUCAACCUAUAACCUCGCAACCACCAUUCCCUCCCCAGCAGCUCAAGUUUCCCUUUCCCCCACUUCCUGAUCCAAUCAUGCACCAUUGGCUUCCCAUCCUCAGUGAACAGAAGAAUAACUGUGGCCCGUUGGAGGUGUCAAUCUUUUUUAGUCAGCUACCACAUUUGGCUGUUAAUAGUCUUCUCAUUCUGUAUAUGCUAAAAUAUAUAGUUAUAUUCCUUAUGUCAGUUGUUGUUAUGUCAUUGUAAUGUUUUAUUUUUUCAUCAACCUUCCAGUUGAUGGAACGGUCCUUGAAUAGGGUAUUGAAGAGCUUAAUUUCUCGUCGUGUCCUGAGGUUGCUGAUGCAUGACAUGUUAAACCCUGUGAUUCAGGCAUUUGACAGUCAGGCUGUCUGAGUUUUGUCAAAGCCAAAAACAGUUCAGCCAAUUGGUGCAUUUAGCCUGUGUUGCCCUCUUUAUUAACUUUGUUUACAAGUUCAUGUUAUGUCCAAUAAGCCACAAACGUGUCUUAACUAAAGCACUCAAAUUAUAUUUGUUAAAAACAUAAGGGAAAAUCCAGACUCUGAUUUGUUGAAACUCAAAGCUUAAAUGGCUCUUGUUCAUACCGACUUUUACAGAAAUAACUGAACUUGUUAACCAAGAUCUAAGCAGUUAGUCAGUCACAAAAUAAACUGAUGACAAAGCCAGCACACAUACUGACAUAAUCUUCCUGACCUAGCCUUUCACCCUUUCACCUUAAAGGGUAAUUCAACAAUAAUUUUUAAUUGAGUAAAAAACUGCUGCUGCGGUGCUGUCUAAAAGUGUGUUCAGACAGAACACAAGUUGAAUUUUAGAUGUGGCACAGUUGCAUACAGAUUUGAUUAAAAGAUGCAUGAGGGUUAGAAUUCAUGUGAAAAAUUAGUGCUUAUUCUGGGGCUUUAUGAAUCAACUUCAUAAACAUAAAAGCUGCAAUGAAAAAAACAAGAAACUGGAGCUCCUGGUGAGUUCUGAGAUCAGUCAAAGGCUGAACUGUCACAUAAACACAGUCCAGACACACUAUUGCUGCAGACUUUCCCAAAUAAUGUUGCUAUCCAGCUAAAGCUAACAUCUGUAACAUAACUGUCUUAUUGAGACCAAUAAACACAGACUGCACAGUCUAGUGUUCAAGUUCCUGUGAACAAUAUGAGGAAAAAAUGUUGCUUUGCCUUCGGUCAAAACACACUUUAAAGGCCCAAUUACACCAGCAUUUGUAACAUUUUAAUUUUAGAACAAAAUCAGUUGAUUUCAAAGGGAUGAGUGGAUUUGAUUUGGAGGGGAGCUUUUGUGUAGUUUAUCUUUGGUGAAUUUGAUACACAAAUUCACAAUGUUAACCAAUUCAAACUGCCUUUAUAUUGCUGACUUUGGAGAAAACAGAGAGCUGGAGAUUCUGAAAUAGAGGAAGCUAUCAUGUAAGCAGUAUCUUGCCAUCCAGCUUUGUGUAACCAUGUUUAGCUAGAGUAUAAGCUGCACCACUAAAGAGAUACAGUCAUUCGUUGCCAACCAUGAACCUCAAUGUCCCUAUUUUGAGUCCAGCCAGGAAGCCUUGUUGCAUGUCAUUCCCCUUCCCUCUCUCCACUGAUAUCCAGUUCUUCUAUAGGCAUAAAAUGGCCAAAAACAUAUUAUUUUAAGAAUCCAAGAUGUCCAAGGCCCUGCCCAGGCAUGCCGAAGAUAGCACAGCUGAGUAAAAGAGCAGAGCACGAGAGUCUGUGGAAAUUUUGGAUUUAAAAUGUAGGUGUCAUCAUUUUAUCACUCUGGGCAGACUGUAGACCUUUAUGAUAUCAUAAAAAUACCUUUUUCAGACUUAACAAGCUGCAAGACAAAUUUGUUUUGCCCAAAAUAGCAAAAAUUCCUGUUUAUCCCAGUUCUAUAAAUCUGCUUUAUAAACAUACAGAGUUGAGAGGAAAAAGGAAAGUGGAAGGCAAUAAAAGAAAUAAUGAGUCCCUGCUGAGGUCUGAGUUCAGUCAGAGGCUCAGUCCCACACACAAGGGUGGUGCGUCUGUUGUUACCUUCCAGGUAACAUUUGUGCCAUCUGCACAGUGGCUGUUUGGGGAGUAUAAGCACACGCUGCACAAAUGGCCCAUCACCCGAAUUCAUGCGAAUGACUUGAGGCAAAAUUUUGGUUUUCUUUCUGUCUGAACACAUUUUUGAGAAAAUAACCCUGAUGAUGUCAGAGUGAUGUCAUCAGGGUGAUCUCAGCUUUGGCUUGGAGUAUACAAAUUUGUAAUAGAGAGCCUUCAUCACACCCUUGGGUCCACAGUUUGAAAGACAUGGGCAUUUACCAGGCAAAGAGGGUCUAACAAAGAGAUUCUAUUGAAUUGCAUUAUGGGAAAUGGAGGAUACAUUGUUUUUGGAGUGUAACACAAUAUGUGGCUAAUAGUCACAGCUGCCUCUGCUGCUUUAACUUUGACCAUUCUUUUUUAAUGUUUCUCACAGGUCCCUCAACUUUAUGAAAGUGUGACACUAAAUCAGUAGAGUACUCUUUUUAGCCCACAAAUUCAAGACACGUUGCUGUUGUCUGUUGGAUUUUUCCUUUUACUCUUCAGAAUUGCUGUUGCAUCUGGAUCUGAACUUGAUGGCAUAGUAAGACACCCAGAGACCUGGGUCUAAACAAAAUAAUGUUGCGGGGGCCCAUACAUUCCACCACUUAAAGAUUCCCAUUCAUACCAUAUAUUUUUUAUGCUGUAGAUGAGCCAAAAUUAAUUGUCUUUUUUUAGCCUGUCAUCUUGUUGCCAUGAGCUUGAUGUUUUUUUCCAUUUCUGAUAUGGACAAAAACUAAACUUUCUAAAGGUUUAAUGUUACUUACAUGGCUUACUGCUUCAGUUUAAAAAAAGAAACAAAACAAAAAAACAAAGAUUGACAUUUUUCCCCAAGUGCAGUAUAGGUAAAGUGAAGUAAAGUGGAAAUGUCUGACCAAUGUUUUCAAAGAUUUUGGAUUAGUGCAAUGAGUAUGUAUCAGUGACGUGUUCCGAAGGGGGUUUAACAUUAGCUUAACAAUUCUUACACAGUCACAGGUGUGUUUUUGUUAGUUUUUCAUUGUUUUUUGUUUUGGUUUUUACAAUUAGAAUGUCACUCAGCCAAUCACAAAGUCUCAAAUGCGACUUUGUUACAUAGCUGGGGUCUCUGUAGUUAGAGCAGGACACAGCGCCUGAUCCUUUUUGUACUGAUCACAUCACACAAAAUAGUGACAUCCUGUCACGUGGUCAUGUUACACUAUGAAGAUAUGUGGAUGCAGUACUGUAGGGAGCAGUCGGGUGUUGAUCUACAUGUACAAAUACCAUUAUGUUGAUACACCGUAUGUGCUGGACUCAUACAAAACUACAAACUACAAUAGUGAAGUAAGUACUGUACAUUAUUUAAUGCUUUGGUGGAUCAUUUUUCAGAGAUGUAUCAUUUUAGCACUUUGGUUAUUGCUGUUUCCCAAAGACUGUCUUUUUGCUCUGUUUAUUAUGAUUUCGACAAAACCAUCGAAAUAUUUGUCUAAAUAAGGAUAAUUUAAUGCACGAUUGCAGGUAUCACAUAUGACAGUCUUUGCUUUUUGUAGUUGCUGAAGGUAGAGAGAAAGUAUUAACUUAGUCCCGGCUGUAUAUUCAAUAUCUUUACAACUGAUUCUUCAGUGUCAUAGACAUUAUAAAGGGGAAUAUGAUGUGAUGCCACUUGUCAUGGCCAAUGGCAAAAAUAUUAGUUUGUGUGCAGCCUUCUGACAGAGAAGUGCCUCACUUGUUUGAAUCAGUAACCUUGAUUUAUCUUUUGUGGUCUCAACAACUGUCUACAUUGUGUCAUCAUCCUAUAUACUGAUGUAAAACCUAGUUUCAAGGCUGAGGGAUAUUUAAAUUAAAUGAUGUCACUGGAUUGUAUCAAUGAUUGCUUUCAUGCAUGGUGUUCACUACAGAAGAAAAGUCAGUUUUAACCAUUUAAAAUCUACAUUACAACAGUAUCUAACCAUAUUUCACUGACUCUACAUAUUUCUACAUGAUCCUUAUCUUAAUGUGUCAUUGACUUUUUCUGGAAGCCCAUUUCUACCAGGACAAGAGAAGUUUGUAUGCAUAUUUUUAUUUUUUAAAUGUCUUUGUCAAAAAAUAAAGUACAUGACGACAUUAGGUGACUAGUAGAGUAAAAAUUAUGAUAUACUAAAUCUAAAUUAAACAUUUUUACAUUGUCUAAAUUUGGACUUGAAUCAAAAUUAUAAGAUAGUCAAAAAUACAAUGCAUAAGGUCAAGAAGAACUAAAUUAAAAAUUAUUUUUAAGUCAAAACUGAGACACAAAGUCUAUAUUUUGUCUUAGUAUUUGAAUUUGGACCUGUAAGUAUUUUUAUUCUUGUAAUUCCUAUCUUUUCAUCUUCUUUGUGUGAAAGGAAUGUGCUCCCAUACUUGAAAAUGUCUCUUACAUCGUAACUUGAAGGAGCUGGAGAUGUUCCAAGCACCUCAGGAAUAUAUUUAAAAUUAUUUUAUUCCAAACAAAGUAGAUCUGUAAAAAGAUUUUUCAGUACAGUGAGAUGUAAGGCAAGAUGUAAUUGAACUCGCCACUGUAGUGGACAUCAUCCAUCCAAAGGGUUGAUCCUGUGUUUCAAUUUGGUCCAAAAAUGGACCAAAUGCAACUAAAACUGUGAUGUAAUUUUUCAUUUGCAUAAUUGAAAGGGCUGAGGAGCUAUUUUAAAUGUUAAAAUUCCUAGAUAUUCAAAUUGUAACACAAGAAAGCCACCAGUCAGCAACACUAUGCUAAUGUGUCAUGGAAUCAUAAUAUUAGUUUGUGUUUGACUAUUUGUGACAAGAUACGAAAAUGCUUACAAGGCUCAGCCUUGGUGUGCACUUUGAUGUGGAUUCAAUUAAUGCCACAAUGGCUUUAGCAUCACAGAGAGAAUGGGAAAUCAGUCAAAGAGAGUUAUGGGUUAACACAUCCUAAGAAGUGCCCGUCCUGAUUUUGUGGUAAAUCCCCAAAAUCUUCUCCCAGUUCAUUAUUAAUAUUUUGGACCUCAACAUAAUUCAGUAUUGAGGAAAGUGGAGAUAUAUACACACCAGAACAAAGUCAGGAAGUGUAUAUCUCCAAAUUGUCUUGAAUUGUCUGUUCUCAGCAUUGUUUACCUUUAAUACUUUAUUCUUGGUUUUAAGUGGCCUAUAUUAUGUAUUCUCAGUAGUCUGUAAUGCCGAAGGCCGAACAGGAAGUGUGAUGGCUCCACCUGCUAAAGGGAAAUCCCUCUCUGACGAAUGCUUCAGUUUUAAGCAGAAACUAAAGUAAUUUCAUGUCUCUAGACAGACCCUUGUGAUUAUUGUGAUUAUUACUCUUACACUUGGUUUGGCCUCCUUUUGUAUAUCAGUAUUUAAUAGAAUAUUCAAAAAGAACUGAAGUAACUGGACUAGCUGGACUAUGGGCUAGCAAUAUGUGCAUUUGUUACAAAAAAAAAAAAAAGAUUUGUUUAUCUCAUUAAAUAAUAUAUGUGCACAAAGAUAAACUUUUUAAUCAUACAACACACAACAGUGUUACUGAUUGUAUACUGGACACAAAUAAAUAAUAAUCAGUGCAACUGAUUGGGUGAAGGAUGGUUGUGUUUUUGAGUUGAUUGAAAAUUCCUACGAAUGCCUGAAAGGUCAACUAAAAUGUAUACAUUUGGAGUAUAAUACUUUGUUGCUAGAAAUCCUCUUUAUUCACACAGGUUGAAAAUACCUGGAAUUCUUUGGUGAUUGCAGUAGUGAUCAGACAGCACAUCAGCAGCAUGUGCUAAGUACUCUUUAGAGCUGAACAUUUAGUAAUGUUUGUUACGUUGUCCUUAUACAAGACUUCCUGUAAGGCUCACAAAACAAUAUGUAAAGUGA